CGGGCGGGCGGGCGGGCGAGCGAGCGAAGGAGGGAGUCGCCGGCAGGCAAGGCAGCAGUUAGGACGGGACUCCACAGAUCUCCUGCGCACCCUCCUGCUGAUCUCCGGCCAGCCUCCCCCGCCGCCCCUCCUCUGCCCGGAUCUCCCUCCCUCUGCCCUCUGCGUGUAGCUUUUUUGGGCAUUAUAUUGUUAAUUUGGGGGGGUCAGCCUGUUUCCCUUUUUCCACUGGAGCCCAGCGCUCGCCAUCAGCCCCAGCCAUGCACUGCCAAGCCGAAGUCAGGCUGGCCUCCCCCGGGCAGCUGAAAGCAGCCAGGCGGCGCUACAAGACUUUCAUGAUCGACGAGAUCCUGUCCAAGGAGACCUGCGAUUACUUCGAGAAACUCUCGCUCUAUUCCGUCUGCCCUUCCCUCAUCGUGAGACCCAAACCUCUGCACUCCUGUACCGGUUCCCCUUCCCUGCGGGCCUAUCCUCUCAUCUCUGUCAUCACCAGGCAGCCCUCAGCGGUCUCCCACUUCAUCCCCACAGCCAGCACUUCUCGGGUUCUCUCACCACACCCACCCCCGGGAAGCACCUGUUCAGAGACGCCAGCCAGCGAAACUCACGGGAGCAGCGAAUCGGAGACCGAGCAGCCCACCCCCCGCCUGAAAAAGCCGCGUCGCAGCCGGACCAUCUUCACAGAACUGCAGCUCAUGGGGCUGGAGAAGAAAUUCCAGAAGCAGAAAUACCUCUCUACUCCAGACAGGCUGGAUCUUGCCCAGUCGCUGGGACUAACUCAGCUCCAAGUGAAGACUUGGUACCAGAAUCGCAGGAUGAAAUGGAAGAAAAUGGUUUUGAAAGGUGGGCAGGAAGCUCCCACCAAGCCCAAAGGCCGUCCCAAGAAAAACUCCAUUCCCACUUCAGAGGAGAUAGAAGCAGAGGAGAAGAUGAACAGCCAAGCUCAGAAACAAGGAUUGGAAGAAGGUCAGGCCUUAGACGAGCCAGAGUCCACCAAGGAACCAUUGGACAUCACUGCAGAGACAGAGGAGUCUCCUAAGCCCACACCAGAAACUUCCCUGGAGGAGACGACAUCAAGUUAAAAGACAAAGAGGAAGACACUAACCCAAAUACAACAACAACAACUACUACUACUACUACAACAAAACAGUGCAUAAACUGGAAGCGUGUGCACUUUGUACCUGAUGAAAUCAACCCAUGUGGUGGGUUGUGGUGCGGCAAAGAGACCCAAAUGUGACUAUGUCCACCUUUCCAAUGUCGUGUGUACACAUUCUCCACAGAUCUCACAGAGCUUGAGCUCUCCUCCAAAUGGGACUGCAUGCUUAGAAAACAGAGGCUUGGGAGAGGCAUACAAAGAGCCCUGCUUCCCUUUGUACUAGGAGAAGAAGCUCUUUAGAGACUCCAUAAUGCCAGAGAGAUGGUCCUUGAUCGUGCCUUCUUUAUCCUGAGCUUUGAAACUGGUUCAGAACAGCAGUUACCAAAGGGAUUUCUUUCACCAGUGUAGCUUUCUUCUGUGUAAUCCGUGCUUAAUUGGGGAUGGGCCAAUACAAGCCAUUUUUAUGGGAUGUUCAAAAACUGGGAUAAUGGAUGUUCUGCCAUUGCAAAGACUACAGAGCUAUCUUGGGGAGGGGGGAGAGAAUGCUCUUCCUCUGUCUCCAGACAUUAUGCUGUAUGUGCAUAUAGGCAUCUGCACACAGGUACAUCUUGUUGUGCGAAUGACCAUACAUGUGUUCAUCUUAAAAGUGAACCUGGGUGAAGGCCCUUCAAAUGCAAUGUAUACAUUAAAAGAAAUGUACUACUGAAUGUGCGCUGAACAUAACGUUAGGAUAAUUAUAUGUGCCUACAGAUCUAUAUGUGCAUACACUGUACACAGAAUGCAUGUGCAUUGAACAUAACAUGUGAAUAGGGCUUCUUGCUCUCUUGUGUAUAUAUAAAAAACAAGAAUACAAGAAUGACAAGUCCUUCUGGAGAGGGCCCCGUCCUCUAGUGUCGGGCUUAUUAAUCCAGACUGGCCUAAGAGUCCUUUGGCAUUGAGGUGGCGUAGUUCCAUACAUGGGGGCUUGUUGCCUUCACAAGACCCCCAAGGAAACACUUCCAUGGGCAAGGUAUGGGUUACUGGGCUCCUUCUAGCUUAAGCCGUCCUCACAUGCUGGCCCAUCAUCACUGGCCAGCUAUCCUUUAAAUAGUUCCUGGGUUUCGGGACAACUCUUGCAAGAACUGAAACCUCGGGGCAACUCUUUGCAAGAACCGAAACCUUGCGAGAGCUCCCUGAGCUCUCGUGAGACUACGCCAUUAUUAGGCCCCACCUCGCCUGCUCCCAGUGUGGGUUAGUUUGGGAUGGUGUGUGCUGUUGCACUGCUGAUUGCAUCCCUCAGAGGAGGACCCAGCUCUAGAAUGGCGCACAUGGACUGGCCACUGUUACGGGCCACCCCCUGAUCCCCUUGCCUCUCCUGCCCCAACCCCGAGGUCUCCUCACAAAGAAAAAUCAAGAAAUCAAGUAUACAGAUUUGAAAGAUCUGUUGUCUCUAUUUAUUAGGGGCACCUUUUUUAAUUGAUCAAAAGUUUUUAAAAUAAAUUUAAUUUCACCAAGGAAGCAGCUAAAGAUUGCAGGUGUAUCAUUUAGAUGCCAGCACCUUUGGACCUAAGUUCAAAAAACUAAACUAUGCAUUCUCCUUGAGCUAGAAUCUGUUCGGUAGCAUCGGGAUCAGCUCAAGUUCUCUGAUGCCUGGUACACUCUAGAAACUUUGGAGUGCUUGAAGAUUUUCUAGAAACUUUGGAGAAGCUUUGGAGUUUAUUCCUCACUGGGGCCCCAUUUCCCAUGUUUGCAAAGUACUUAUCUUUCACAUCAGGGGAGAGCUAGAGAUGGGACUUCAGAAGAAAACUUUUCAGGGGAAGCAUUGCAUUUAUUUUCCAGCCUUGUGUGCCAAGAUAAGAUAAGUAUCGUGUUUCCUAUAGUCUUGUUAAAGGGUGUAUUUUUUGCCCAAAGGCUGCAAAGAGAUGUAUCAAGAUUACCUUUAUUUUUUAA